CUUCGAUCGAUCAGUCCGUGGCGUACCUUCGGAGUUCGCUCUCGCGCAGUCCCUCCGUCAGUCUCGAUCGCUUCACUCGUUCCGCUUGCUGCGUUUUCGGUACUUGUGCUCCCGCUAGCUAUAGCCUACUACUGCGAUCCGUUCCAAACCGAUCCAAUUCGAUGGGAUUCGAACCGAGCAGGUCCGUGCGUGCGUGCGUGUUUUUUUUCCUGUGUUUGCCACAAUCAGGAUGAGUGUGUGAAAAAGUGCCACUGACAGGAGACGGAAUGCGUGCGAAAAAGUGCCCGCCAGCGUGGGAUUCCACCGUACGGCAAGAUUGCAACCACAAGGAAGCCAUUUCCAUUCGUUUGUUCGUGGUCUAAUUUGCAUAUGGCUGCGGCGUGAGCCGCGGCCUGGCUGCUCUCGGCGCAACAAGGUCACGGUGGAGUCAAUCAACUCGGGGGUGUCUUCGUGAAUGGGCGUCCCUUGCCGGAUCUGGUCCGGCAACGCAUCGUGGAACUGGCUCACAAUGGUAUUCGGCCCUGUGAUAUCUCACGACAACUGCGCGUCAGUCACGGUUGCGUAUCCAAGAUACUGUCCAGAUAUUACGAAACGGGCAGCUUCAAAGCCGGCGUUAUUGGCGGCUCAAAACCAAAGGUAGCCACGCCUCCCGUCGUAGAUGCGAUCGCGGCCUACAAGCUCCAGAAUCCGACCAUGUUCGCAUGGGAGAUCCGCGAUAAGCUGCUUGCUGAUGGGAUAUGUGUCCACGAUAAUGUACCCAGUGUGUCCUCCAUCAAUAGAAUUGUCCGCAACAAGGCAGCCGAGAAGGCCAAAUACAGCUCCCGAAUGGAUUCCAGCAUGGACAGUAGUCCUCGAGUUAUGUCCCGCGGUCAUGGACAAUCACAGCAGCAACAGCAACAACAACAACAACCGGGCCAGGGUCACACACCACAACCGCAAUCAGCUGGGGCCCAGGAAUGCAUGAAUCAGCAAGCGAUGUCCGCCGAACCGGAGAAUAUGAUGAAGAGUUCGCAACCAUCGGACAACGUCGCGUCAGCUUCCUACAGUAUCAACGGCUUGCUUGGGUUGUCGCAGAAAUCACUCUCGGCAUCCAGUUCUAAGCGACGCAAAAUCAAAGAGGAUCCAGAUAUGAAAACCGGUAUUCUGGGCUGUAUCAAACGCGAUAAGGUACUGAAUCCCCACGGAUGGAAUCAAUCAGACCACAAAGACAUGCCGGAAAUGAUGCACGAAGGUCGAUCGCAUGAUCAGGACAAGGGCAACGAUAUGUUCGUUGGCGGAGUGGACUUCGUCAACUCGAUGGCAAUGUCCGAAGACAACUCCGAUAAUCAAUCCAGCUUCACCAUUCGAGGUGAGAAACCGCACAAAUACCAUCGAGCCGAGGAUGCUCUCUCGGUCGGCGUUAUCAUCGAAGACGACAGUUCCGGUCGUAAACAGCAGCAGCAACAACAACAACAAGCGCACCACCACCAUCAUCCACAGCAUCCUUCGGAGCUAGGAAAACCGCCAAGCGGGUACGAGAAGCUUCUAACCAGCGAAAUGUUGGCGUCAUCGGCGGCGGCUGCUGCAGCGGCCGCCGCCGUCGGCAUCAAACGAUCGGAGGCCUCCCCGUUAGCGCAGUCGAUCGAAUUCCUCAGCGACAUGAACAACAACAUAUCGCAGAACCAGAGCUUCCCGACGACGAGCUACGAAACGGGCAGCUACAGCGGCGGGGAACCGUCGGAAGCGGCCGUCCUCAAUCCGCACAUAGCCUGUUCGUCCAACUAUUCGGCCUUUCUGCAGAACACCGAUCAAUUCGCUGCAAAUCCGGAACUGAUCUUCCCGACGGCAUACACUCAAUACGCACCUGGCUACGGAUCGUUCAACUAUAAUACGGCAUUCACGAAUCAGAAUCUUUGCCGCGAUCUGGGUCAGAUCCAUUAUCCGGAGGAACAAUAGCAGCAGGGGAGCGGGCUCGGUGGCGAACGUAGCCGGUGGAGACAGACAAAUUGAAACAUGACAAAUUAUAUAAGUGACAUUACAAGAAA